AUGCCUCGUUCCCCACCGGACGUCGCCAUGAGCGCACGGGUGACUACCAGAGAAAAAUGGUCCAGCCACAUGGAGUUCCUGUGCUCCUGCAUCGGGAACUCGGUGGGUCUGGGCAACCUGUGGCGGUUCCCUUACGUGGCGUACAAGAACGGUGGCGCGGCGUUCCUUGUGCCUUACGUCGUCAUCAACAUGCUCGUCGGGAGGCCCAUCUACUACCUCGAGCUCUUGCUCGGACAGUUCAGCAGCUCGGGUCCGCUGGGCGCUUUCCGGCUGUCGCCCAUGUUCCAGGGCAACGCGUUCGGUAUGAUGUGGGGCGCCUUCAUCACCACCAUCUACUACCAGGUGGUGCUGACUUACGCCUUCCUCUACCUGUACCACUCGUUCAAACAACCUCUGCCCUGGACCGACUGCUUCGAGUGGUGGGGCACGGCUCUAGACGGGUGUUUCAGGAGGACCAGGGAAGACGGCACUGGCCAGCGCCUGUGCGAAAACAUCAGGCGCAGUCUUGUCAGCGCCGGCCUCAAUGACACUAGCGCCGACCACCUGGUGGCCGUGUCUUACAUGAACCGCACGGUCUUGGUGUCUCAGAACGAGUACGCGGCCCGCUUUGCAGGCUGCCUCAAUGCGAACGCAUCGUCGACCGAGGCGUUCUACAACAGCUACGUGCUGAACGUGAGCCCCAGCAUCGAAGAGACCGGAGACAUCCAACAACCGCUGCUCAUCUGCUAUGGCCUCUGCUGGACCCUGAUCUUUCUCGCCAUCUUCAAAGGCAUUCAGGUAUCCGGCAAGGUAGCCCUACUCACGGCCACCGCGCCCUACUUCAUGCUGAGCGUGAUGCUGCUGCGGGGCAUCACCCUCCCUGGCGCCAGCAUCGGGCUCCGGUACCUGCUUUUCCCGCGCUGGGGGGCGCUGUUCGACGGCCGGGUGUGGGCCGCAGCCACCGAGCAGGUCUUCUACUCCCUCAGCAUCGGCACAGGCGGCCUGGUCCUGUACGGCAGCUUCCAGGAGUUCCGCGCCGAUAUGCAGGGGAGCGUGCGCAUCAUCUGCAUCAUGGACUUCCUGACGAGCGCCUUCGCGUCGCUCGUCAUCUUCUCCGUGCUUGGAAAUCUGGCGCACACGCUGGACGUGCCCAUCGAAGAGGUGGUCAGCGCUGGACCGGGCCUGGCCUUUGUCACCUACCCGGAGGCCUUGUCCCUGCUCACGUUUCCCAAUGUGUGGGCAGUGCUUUUUUUCAUCAUGCUCUUCAUGCUGGGCAUCGACUCGCAGAUGGCCAACUGCGAGUUCGUCAUCAAGUCCGUCCAGGAUCUCUUUCCACCGCUCGAAGGGCGCCGCGAAGUCACCACCUUUCUUUACUGCGUCGCCUGCUUCCUGAUCGGCCUGCCGCUGACCACCCGCGCGGGACUCUACAUCCUCACCAUCCUGGACAACUAUCUGGGCGCGCUGAUCGUUCUCUUCACCUGCCUCGGCGAGACGCUCAUCGUCGCCUGGGUGUACGGCAUGGACCGCUUCUGUUUCGACGUCGCCUUCAUGACGGGCAGGUGUCCGAGCUACUACUUCUUUGCCGCCAUAAAGUACGUGUCACCCGUGGUGUUGGGCACCUUUCUCGUCUACACACUGGCCACGCUGCCCAGAAGCACCGUGGGGGACUACUUGCUUCCCAUCUGGGCGGACGGCUACGGCUGGCUCCUGGCCAUUGUCGGUAUGGUGGCAGUGGUCGUGAUCGCCGUGGCCAGGGUCGUCCAAUGCCACGGCGACUGGUGGAGGGCCCUGUCUCCCGACGCCGACUGGGGCCCUUACGAAAUCAAGUACCGGGCCCGCUACUUUGACCAGCUGGAGCAGUCUGGGAUCGGCGCCUGCUACUUCCCGGUCGCCGACGGCGCUCGCUACUUUGGCGGCGCUGUCCGAUCUCCAGCCGGACGAAAUAUAGCGAUAAACUGA